AUGCGAUCUUUCACCCCCCUCCUCGCCCUCGCGGCCUCGACAAUGGCAGCGGCAGCAGAGACGCUCCUCUACAGCAACCCCCUCAACUCGACCUCGGACGUCGCCACCUGGGUCGCCGAGGGGCCUCUCAACUUCACCGCCGUGGACUCCUCCAUCGAGCUCGCGGGAGCCGGCGCCGAGGCCGACUACUUUGUGUGGUGGGUGCCCGAGGUCUUCCCCGACGGCAUCCGCAUCACCUGGGAGUUCUCCCCGCGCGCCGAGCCGGGCCUCGCCAUGUUCUUCUUCGGCGCCGCCUCCGCCGCCGACGACGGCAAGGGCUCCAUCUUCGACCCGUCCCUGAAGCCGCGCAACGGCAGCUACCCGCAGUACCACUCCUCCGACAUCCGCACGCUGCACGCGUCCUACUUCCGCCGCCGCUGGCCCGAGGAGCGCGCCUUCCACGUCGCCAACCUGCGCAAGUCUCCCGGUUUUCACCUCGUCGCUCAGGGCGGCGACCCGCUGCCGCCCGUCCCGGACGCGGCGGGCGCCUUCUACAAGAUCGAGGUCGUCAAGGACAAGCGCGAGGUCAGCUUCUCCAUCAACGGCCUGCCCAUCUUUGAGUUUUACGACGACAAGUCGACGGGCCCCGUCAUCCGGGACGGCCGGAUCGGGUUCAGACAGAUGCAACCGCUCGUUGCGCGGUACCGCAACUUGCAGGUGUGGAAGUUGUAG